CCUCCACUGCAUCUUACAUCUAAUGCCCUUUGACCAACUAGAACCACCAAUAAUGCCUCUAAUAGCAGCUGUACAGGAUCAGCCGCAACCCAUGAGCGUCGAGGGAUUGUCAAAAGAGUGCCUUCGCGAUCUUUACAUGACCGGCCACUUCUCUGAUGUUAUCAUCAAAUACCACGACCUCGAGAUCAAAGCUCACAAGUUGGUUCUUGCAGCCAAGUCAUCCAUUCUCAAGAGGCUCUUUGAUCAACAACCCUCCAAAAUUGAGUUGGGAGCUUUAAAGGCACUGAUAAGCUUCUGUUACACUGGGGAUCCCACGGAUCUUCGUUUACCAGACGAUGUCUUCAAUGCCACAUGGGAUCGUUUCGUGGACUUCUAUGUUUCAGUCUUUGUUCAUGCCCACACAUUCAAGAUCAACGACCUUGUCGUAUAUAGUGGACAGCAAUUUCGGGAUGCCGCUUAUACUUUCCUCAAAACCCUAAAUGACGACGAGGCCAUCGAAGUGAUCGCCGAUUGCUACGCAGGUAGUGCAACUAAAAAUGAUGGCCCUCACUUUGCGUAUCGCAUUAUCGGCCUUCACGUUUUUGGACGAAGAAUACUUGCAUUAUUGCGCGACAACAAAUUUGAGAAAGCCUUCCAAUACAUGAUCGGGGUUCAGGAGGCCACGGCCGAUCUUUUCAGCCAAACAACCUUUGAUGGAAAGAGCUUUACGCCUAAAGAUGGUCGGGAGCUAUUUCCUACCAGAACUUGGAGCUGCGACGGGUGUGGCACUGAACAUCGUUAUGCGGCAAUGUCAGAACCAAGUGCAAAGUUUCAAAUAUGCCCUUGCUGUAUCACUGAGGAGCAGCAAGAGGCGAUACGCCGUACGUGA